GUAUAGUGAGACAGUUCUUCUUUAAGUUUUCCAGUUUUCCAUCUGAAUAAAGAUGAUUUAUAACAGUUACAGUAAAUCAUGGGACUAUGUUGCUGAGAUUUGAGUAACAUUUUCAAUACAACUCUGGCUCGUUACCUGAAAAUAUUGUGUGUUUUCUCCUGAUAAAUAAUAUAUGACGAUUGUAAGAAAGGAAAACGGAAGGAUGGAACAACACAUCUUACUUGGUGAAAUGGAUCAUUCUCAAAUACCACCAAAUUUUUCAUGGGUUGUUGAUGGUAAACUUUGUGCCAUGGGUUUUCCCAGAUCAAAGGAGCAUAUUCAAUACUUACUGGACAAUAAUGUCACUUACCUUAUAUCCCUAACAUCCUACAGACAACCUCCGGUAACUGAUUUCAAAGAUAUGAACCAUCUUCAUUGUAAAGUUGAAGAAUUUACACCCCCGUCUUUAGAUCAAAUCCAAGAAUCUAUAGAUUUUAUCGACAGGGCAUACGAACAUGGAAAGGCAGUGGGUAUACAUUGUCAACAUGGAAUAGGUCGAACAGGGACAGUGGUAGCAUGCUAUUUUGUUGAGAAGCAUAGCAUGACAGCAGUAGAAGCCAUAUCACACAUCCGAUCAUUACGUCGAUGGUCUAUAGAAACAACAGAACAAGAACAGACAGUGUAUCAAUAUGACAAAAGAAAUAGAUUUUUAUUCCCCAAAUUAGAGCCCCAGGAGGGAAUUUAACACAUAAACAAUAUCAUUUUAAAGAUGCAGAACAAUAAUAUAAUAGGGAGUAUUGUUUGAAAAAUAAAAUCUUACAGAUAUUAAAAAACACAAAUAUGUUACUAAUCAUUUAUGAUUUUGAGAGAGCCAUAUUUUUCUGAUUGCUAUCUUACAGGUUAGAUUUCUCUCAUAAACGUGUCAGUUGUCGUGCAGCGCAUUGAACACAAUUAUUCUUAUCAUGUCUUUCGUCAAAAUAUAGUGAAAAUAUUUAUUUGUAAUCCACAGUGUUGAUAUUAGAAAAAAUUGACAAAGUUUCGUGUGUCAUCACACACUCUUAACCUUGAAAAUGGGGGAAAUAUCAGGGUAUUCAUCGACACGAUAGAGCUUGCCCCAAAUGCUCAAGCUCUAUUAAAAGUUGAAGAUGAAUAGCAUUUUCUUUUUAAUUGCAUCUCACUAAAUAAUGAGAGAAGGAAAACAUUACUGAUGCCCAUGAUGACUAUUGUACUUGCAUACCUAUAUAUAUAUGUUGCAAUCUUGUCGAUGUGGAUCAUCCACAAGGAGUUAGUACUAUAUAUUAUUACGUUAUGGUUUAUAUGGUCAUAUUAUUAACGCAUGUUAUAUUCCAUAUUAAAGCUGGUUUCGUU